UUGUCAUUAUUUCAUUAACGAAAAAAAAAAGAGAUUUUAAUAAACAUGCAUUUAAUCUAAUAUCGAUCUCUCUCUUUAAUUAAUCAUUGUAUGGAUAAAUAUUUUUACAUUUUUUUUAUAUUUCUGCAUACUUUUAAUGGUGUUGUCACAGAUAGAGAAAGCCGUUAGUUAUUAUGGAGAAAGUAGUGUAAUGGUCGGCCUAAAUUCUUACUGAGUUCUUAACUCCAAGUCAAUAAAACCUGUUAACAAAUAGUUAUAUAUCCAGUAUAUCGGAUGAACUUCCAGUGAAUGGAUGCUCGCGUGACUCUAUUUAUUUGUUGAUUUAUUCAAAUUUUAUUAACGUAUAUCUUUAGUUAGAGGAUAUAGCAAUUUAAAUAGAAUUAUACAUCAAGGAAUAUAUAUUAAAUUAUAAAUACAGUUAAUGAGCAUAAGUGUUCGUUUUUUUCGUAAAUUCAAUUUCGAAUGAAGAAGAUAUAGCAAUAUAGUUACGAUGAAUAGAUUAACACUACCCGUAUAUGAAUUUUUAAAUGAAGAACAAACGAAAGAAUUAUUAAAAGUAUUCAAAGGUGAGAGAACUGGUUGGGUAAUGGUUGGGCCGAAAAAAUAUAUUUUUCCAUCUAACUACACGAAACAAGGAGAAGGAUUUUAUAAUUUCAAAGCAAAAUCCACUGAUAUCUGGGUAACGUCCUAUCCAAGAUCAGGAACCACGUUGACUCAAGAACUUGUUUGGAUGUUGUCCAAUAAUUUGGAUUAUGAUACAGCAAAAACUAAAUAUCUUACAGAAAAAUUUCCAUUUUUGGAAUUUUCCUUGUUUAAUCACCCUGAAGUAACAAAGGAAUUUAUAGAAAUGAAUAAAGGUGAUUCAAGUAAAGAGCAAUUAUGCAAAUCAAUUGCAAGACCUGGAUAUGAAGUUUUGGAAGAAAUGUCUUCACCCAGAUUUAUUAAGACACAUUUUCCAUUUAGCCUAUUACCUAAUAUUUUGGAAUCUGGUUGUAAAAUAGUUUAUAUUGCAAGAAAUCCUAAGGAUGUGGGCGUUUCAUGGUAUAAUUUGUGUAAGGAUAUAAAAACAAUGGGUUAUGUAGGUACAUUCGAACAAUUUUGGAAUUACUUUCAAAAUAAUUUAACUCCAUGGAAUCCAUAUUGGGAACAUUUAAAAGAGGCUUGGGCACUUAAAGAACAUCCUAAUGUUUUGUUUAUAUUUUAUGAAGAAAUACAAGCAAAUUUCCUGCAAACUACUAAAAAAAUUGCAACAUUCUUAGGAAAAGUAUAUAGUGACGAACAAUUAAAUAAACUUGCAACAUAUUUGGAUAUAAAGAAUUUUCGUAAUAAUCAAAUGGUAAAUUAUUCUGAAUUAAAAGAAUGCAAUAUCAUGGAAAAAAAAACGUUUGUCAGACAAGGGCAAAGUGGUGGUUGGAAGGAUUUCUUUACACCAACAUUAGAAAUUGAAGCUAAUCGAUGGAUUGCAGAAAAUUUAAAGAAUACUGAUAUGAGAUUCCCAAAUUUUAACAACUUAGAUUUCAAAUGAAUAAAAUAAAAUUGAUGAAA